UUCAUUUCAUACGAUUCUAGCUCAGGGAAAUGAAGUGUUCAAUUGUUCUGCUGGUAGCAUGUUGCAUUCAAAAUAUAUUAUCGGAUAAAGUCAAAGUUGUAAUGUAUUCUGAUCAAGAAGAUUCUAGAAUGGAUGAAGAAGAAAGUCCACACACAGAAGCAUGGGAUUAUAAAAAGAAGGUGGAAAUAACGAUGUUACCGUUUUUAAAGAAAGCACACAGGCACGUAGAAGAAAAGCAAAUCCCGUAUGAAGAAGAGAAGUCAACUACAGAGAAACCUCGACAAAUACAUCCGAAUGAAAUGAUUUUCCCAUUGAUCUAUCGUCAAAAUCACAUCAAUAGCAUGUUCAAAUUUGGUGAGAAUUGGUAUACGUGGUCCACAGAAAAACGAACUGAUGGUUCCAAGGCAAUUAAUUAUUAUAUUUGUUACGAGGAGCCGAAACAUUGUGAUGAAGUCGGAUGGGAACGAACGGAUUCCAUACCAAAAUGCGCAUUCCAAAUAGAUUCGCUAUUGCCGGACGAUCGAGCGUGUCUCAACAGUUUUGGUAUAGAACCUCACAACAGCGGUAUGUGCCUUGGAGGCGAACACAUGAAGGUGAGCGAUAUGGUGCAUUCAUGUGGGCCCCGAAUUCGAUCUCUGUGGCGCUUUUUACGUGUUGGACAUCGAUCCCCGAACGCAGCUAAACCAGCCGAUGUCAACUCACUAAUAUGUGAGGAUGAAGAGGAAUGCUUCGUAAGCAUCGAAUAUAGGAUACAUCAUGACAGAAUAACAUUUUCUCUACACGAACCUUCAAGAGGUCAAACAUUCAAGAGUGCUUUGAAGCGAGAAGUGGCUAGUGAGGAUGAAAAUAAAAUCCCAGUCAAAAGCGAGACUCGGGCGCCACAUAACGUUCGACGGCCCAAGAAAUCGCAUGAUGAUGACCAAAAUCAACGAAAAAAAAUCAAAGUUAGGUCCAGGAAAGUGGUCGAAGGCAAGGGUAUUGUUAAGGAACGUAAUGAUUCAGGGUACGUCAGCAGACGAGGAAUUAAAAAUAAAAUAAAAAUUAAAGAGGAUAUAUCGGAUAAUGCAUCAGAUUGAAUUGUUUAUUGUUUUAUAAAAAAAUAUUUGUAAUUAAUAUUGUUUCAUU